GCAGCCGCUAAGGAGAUGUAACAGCACUCGACCAGGCUGGGGGAGCUGGUCGGUAAACAAAGCCGCCUUCCCUCCGGCUGCGAGGCCUUGCUUUUUUAACUUCCCGGUGACACUAGGUUUGGAGGGUUUCCGGCCGGAGGCCAUUAGAUGGGACACCCGGAAGGCGGAAGUCCCAGGGCGGAAGUGGCCGAGAGGAACGGAGAAUGGCGGCGGAAGGCUGGUUUUGGCGCUGGGGCUGGGGCCGGCGGUGCCCGGGGAGGCCUGGGCUUCCCGGCCCUGGCCCCACUACACCUCUACUUCUUUUUCUGUUGCUGGGGCCGGUUGUUGCAGAUAUAACUGACGGCAACAGUGAACACCUCAAGCGGGAGCAUUCGCUUAUCAAGCCCUACCAAGGGGUCGGUUCCAGCUCCAUGCCCCUCUGGGAUUUCCAAGGCAGCACUAUACUCACGAGCCAGUACGUGCGUUUGACCCCUGAUGAGCGCAGCAAAGAGGGCUCUAUCUGGAACCACCAGCCUUGCUUCCUCAAGGACUGGGAGAUGCAUGUCCACUUCAAAGUCCACGGUGCAGGGAAGAAGAAUCUCCAUGGAGAUGGCAUUGCCUUGUGGUAUACCCGGGACCGCCUUGUGCCAGGGCCUGUGUUUGGAAGCAAAGACAACUUCCAUGGCCUAGCCAUCUUCUUGGACACAUAUCCCAAUGAUGAGACCACAGAGCGUGUGUUCCCGUACAUCUCGGUGAUGGUGAACAAUGGCUCCCUGUCCUACGACCAUAGCAAGGAUGGCCGCUGGACUGAGCUGGCAGGCUGCACGGCUGACUUCCGCAACCGCGAUCAUGAUACCUUCCUGGCUGUUCGCUACUCCCGUGGCCGUCUGACGGUGAUGACCGACCUAGAGGACAAGAACGAGUGGAAGAAUUGCAUCGACAUCACGGGAGUGCGCCUGCCCACUGGCUACUACUUUGGAGCCUCGGCUGGCACCGGAGACCUGUCUGACAAUCAUGACAUCAUCUCCAUGAAACUGUUCCAGCUGAUGGUAGAACAUACGCCUGAUGAAGAGAACAUUGACUGGACCAAGAUUGAGCCCAGUGUCAAUUUCCUCAAGUCACCCAAAGACAAUGUGGAUGACCCGACGGGAAACUUCCGCAGCGGGCCCCUGACGGGGUGGCGGGUGUUCCUGCUGCUGCUAUGUGCGCUCCUGGGCAUCAUCGUGUGCGCCGUUGUGGGGGCCGUAGUGUUUCAGAAGCGGCAGGAGCGGAACAAGCGAUUCUACUGAGCGGCCGGCGCUCUGCUCUGGGGAAGGCCUGGUUUUGGGCCCCGGCACUAAUGUGAACUUUUUUUUACUGAGAUUGUAAAAGAAAAACAAGACGACCUUAUUUCUUAACCGUUUCAAAGAAAUAAUUAAAGUAUUUUCGUACAUUUUGCUUCUUGCCCAGCAGGGAUAAGCUGCAGGGCUGGGGAAUAGGGUUUGGCAUCCCUACACCUGGGGCAGAGGUCCUCGCCCAUCUCAGGAGCAGGGAGGAGUCUGUGCCUGGAGCUGGGCCCUGGCAGGUGGCUCUUGAACACUGGAGGGCCCCCCAACCACAUUGUGGUGGGUGUCUGACAAUGCAAGCAGUGAUUUUGUUCUGUGCGGUGUGUGUUGGUGGAAAAGGAGGCUGACUGGGGAACCUGGGCCUUUCUGGUCACCCUCUGAGCUUCUUCCCAAGGCAGAGCCUCGAGUGAGGCUGGAGGAGCAAUUUGGUGGGGCUCAGAGUGUGACCGUUUGCUAAAUAAAGUGAAAUAACCAACCUCA